UAAAAAGAUUCUCCUCAGUUUUAACAAAAGUAUUCUGCGCAUAGUAGAAAGAAUAAGUACUCGUAGAAUUGUUGAAUGAGCUAAGGCUUUUGAAUGUUAUAAAGCUUCUUUAUGGUUUUAAAUUUCACUGUAAAAGAAUCGGUUUCAGGUUUUCAUUUUGAUUAACAGUGAUGUAGUACUCAAUUUUAUUUUAACAUUUGUUGUCUAUUUAAUCUCCAAAAGGGUUAUAGCAACCCUUCAAGUUAAAAUAAUGCAGUAUACAUUGUUCGUAGAAAAAAUAAACUAAGACUGGAAAUUUCUAAAGUGUGCAACCUGAGAACUUGUAUAAAAGCAGAACUGUUUACAGAUAUUGCCAUGAAGUAAACUGUGAGUUCAUCCAGCUGAAACUGAACAAUGCGUUAAAGUUGAAGAAAUGAAAAAAGAUGACUUGAAUCUGAAAAGCAUUUACCAGUUGCAAGUUUUUUUAGGUAUUGCAAUUUCACUCGGAGCAUCAGUUUUCGGCAUUAUCGUAAUCAAGAACAGCGUACAGUGUCUGAUUGCCAAGCAAUACCUUUGCCAGGCUGCAGCACUUUUUUUGAGUGCGUGGCUUUUGGCCUAUCCAGCUUUGACAGGCUUCCAUGGAUAUGUUUUGUUUGUAUGGAUCUAUGGCAUCUUCUAUGGUGGUUACAUCUACUCUCUUAAGCUCUGUGUUUUUGAAAAAGUGAGAGCCCGGAAUUACGCUCGGGCCUGGAGCUUAAUACUAUGCAGUCAAGCAAUUCCAAGCUUCUUUGGUUUACCCGUGAUACAUCAUCUGAAUCAAGUCUGGGGUUUAAAAAAGGGUUACUACGUCUCUUCAGCAGUAGUAUUUUUAGGUAGCGUCAGCUUGUUCUUGAUAGAUGUUCAUAAAUACAAGUUGCAUAAGAAAAAGCAAAUGGAGCUGCAACAGAAGGAUAAUGCUCUUCCCGAGAGUUCGCUAAUUAAAAGGAAAGAUUCUCAUGACACUCUACAAGAUAUACCUCGUGAUUACGGGGACUUACGCAAGGCACAAGAAUUAACUUGCAUGUCAGAAGAAAUUCUUGUCGAGAAUUUUAUAGAAGAUUACAUCGAUGACUGCAUUACAUCUUGUAAUAAAGAGGAGAAAUUUCUAAUGCUGAGCGAGUUCGAAAACAACCUUUACAAAACAGAAAAAAAUGUGGAAGAAUCAGGUUCAACAGAUUCCUUAGAUUACUGCGUAGUCUGCUCCCGUGGGAAUCAGUUCAAGGGUUCCGAAAAAAUUUACUCACCAAGAAAAUUGAUUAAAACCAUUAGCAGCAUUGACGUCAUUGAUGAAGUGACAUCUUCCUUAUAAGUGUUCCUGCAGAGAUUUUAAAACCAAAGGACAUUCUAUAGCAUGUUUGAUUUGUAAAAUAAAUUUCAAAUGCAGAUAUUCAACCAAUUUUCUCUAUGCCUCUUUGGAGAACGGAACAAAUCGGAAAAUGUUUUUUCUGAGAAAAGAUAAAUGAAUCUUAAUUUUAUCUCUUCAAUCUUUUUUUAAACAUAAUGUAAGCAGAACCUUUCAUAGCUUCUUUUGGCUUGAAGGUAAAGAUUACUAUGGGCAAAGUUCAGUAAUAACUAAUGUAUGUAUUACCGAAAUAAAUAACGGAUUUUCUCUCAUGCUAAUGCAGCGAGAUGGAAAGGA